GUGUCCGGGUGGAAACAAGUUGGUUAUGUAGCUGUUAUGUAGGUGAUAUUUUUCUACACGCGUCUUCAUCAAUUUGUUCAUUUUAGCAUGGCUUCUCUGAAAUCACUGCUGUCUCACUCCAGCAGGCUUCUUCCGACAUUUAACAAACAGGGUUUUUCUACUUUGCAGACUUAUGUUUUCAUCAAAAGGACUCUCUUCGUGCCAAGACUCUUCAAACGUGGAGACGGCAAGUUUAUCAACUUGGGGCGGCUGUCCAGCUCCGCAGCAGCCGAAGCAGAGAAGGGCGAAGACUCCUUCCUCAAAUGGUUCCUGCUUCUCAUCCCUGUCACCACCUUUGGCCUUGGGACUUGGCAGGUGAAAAGGCGUCAGUGGAAAAUGGGGCUAAUUGAUGAUCUACAUCGACUAACCACAGUAGCGCCCAUCCCGCUUCCUCUUGAUCCUCAUGAGUUGAACGGUCUGGAGUACAGAAGGGUGAAAGUACGUGGACACUACGACCACUCACAGGAGCUCUACAUCCUGCCCCGCUCACCCGUCGACCCGGAGAAAGAAGCCAGGGAAGCGGGACGGCUGUCUUCGAGCGGAGAAACUGGCGCCAAUGUCAUCACCCCUUUCCACUGCACUGACCUCGGCAUUACAAUCCUGGUGAACAGAGGGUACGUCCCAAGGCAGAAAAUAAGACCCGAGACCAGGACGAAGGGGCAGGUUGAAGAUGAAGUGGAAGUGGUGGGAGUUGUCAGGCUCACAGAGGUUCGUAAACCAUUUGUGCCGGACAAUGACGUAGCAAGAAACCGCUGGCAUUUCCGUGACCUGGAGGCCAUGUCCCACGUCACUGGAGCCGCACCCAUGUUCAUCGACGCCGACUUCGGAAGCACCAUUCCUGGUGGACCAGUUGGUGGACAGACCAGAAUAACUCUGAGGAAUGAGCACAUGCAGUAUAUAGUAACAUGGUACGGCUUGUGUGCUGCUACCUCCUACAUGUGGUAUACCAAGUUCAUCAGGAAGAUCAAACUGUAAUUUAUUUAAUAUGAGAUUGUCAUCAUAUAUAUAAUCUGCAGUGUAUUUACUGAUAAUUACAUAUGUAAAUAGUGAAUAAAGUGAGAAUAAAUAAAGCG